GAGACGCCGUCCUUUAAUGCUCCUGAGGUCAGAUUGUUAUUCCUGCAAAUGGCAGUUUUGGACUGCAGUAUUUUUCCCUGUUUGGAGAGAUGAGAGGGAGGGUGUGAGAAAGAGGAGAGAGGAGGAAGAGGAGAGAGGGAGAGAGGCGGAUAAAUUGCGAGCAUCCACGUUGGAGCAGCCUCAUUCAACAGGUCUCACCAUGGAGUUCAAAGGAGUGUGUGUGCUGCUGGGAGUGCUAUUAAUGGUGAACUGCUCAUUUCAGCAGACUCCACCGAGGAAGAAGCCAGCAAAAAAAGACACAGCCAAGGAUGCUGCCAUCGAGGGGCUACAGAAACAGAUCAACGACAUCGUCCAGGAGCUCAACCUACUGAAGGAACGACAAGCCCUGCAGACAAUCUGUUUGAAAGGCGUAAAGAUCCAUGACAAGUGUUUCUUGGCCGACACUGUGAGAAAACGCUAUCACGCUGCCAGCGAGGACUGUAACAACAUGGGCGGUGUCCUCGGCACGCCCACAUCCAGCGAUGGGAACGACCAGCUCAGAGACUACGUUCGCCAGAGCAUCGGCCCAGACGAGCAGGUCUGGCUUGGCAUCAACGACAUGGUGACCGAGGGCACCUGGGCGGACCAGACAGGCUCCAGCAUUACAUAUAAAAACUGGGACACGUCCAACUCCCGGUCACCUCAGCCGGACGGCGGCCAGUCCCACGACUGCGCCGUCCUGUCCGUGGCCUCCCGAGGGAAGUGGUUUGACGAGAACUGUCGCGAGGAGAAGGCCUCCGUCUGCCAGUUCAACAUCGUUUGAUUGCAUGUAUCCCAUCAUAGACUGCGCAUGGUCAUAGCUGCUUUCAAUGUACGCACUCUUGCUGCAACGCCGCUCUGCCUGCUAUUCUAAAAAGGAGCUUUAAACCAGUGGUUCUCAGCUGGUUUUGCAUCAGGACCAAAUUCUGGUUUAUAAGUCACAGUUCGUCGCAUGAAACGAUCACAUAUGGGGUCAAAAGUAAUCUGGUGAUGUGUCAUUUGCAGCAUUCCUUGUGGUCACAAUAAAAACAGGAAAAACAUAGUCCAGUCGAGAGUAAGCUCCAAAGAAAUCAAUGAUUUCUGCCUUCAUUUCACAGUUUUUUGUACAUCUCCUAAAAAAAAUACAAGAUUGUUAUUUUUCCAAAACAUAUAUUGGAUUAUCAUAAUUCAAAAUACCAGUACUUCUGCAAUAAAAGAUGCAUAGAGGUGCUGGCACCUUUUAUAAAAGUAAAAACUGGGUUGUAUUAUUCCACACAUCUUUAAAAUGACUCACUGGUUGAGAACCACUGGUUUAAUCUCAGGCAUCCCUUCACCAUUAAUGUAUUUUAACGACAAGAAUCACAAGUGAUUUUUCAUUAACAUAAAAAACUCAAUCUUCAGCUGUAUUCUUUUAAGAGAUUAUUUCAUUUUGCCAGCCUUGUAGUCUCCUAUAAUGUCUAGCCUGGUGUAACCUGAGAAAUUAACAUCAAUAAACAAUGAAAAACCCA